GGACAUGUAGCCCCGGCGGAAUAUUCAAUUAAUUCUUAACGUAGACUUAUUGCUUAAGGAUAAUCGACAAGGCGGUACUUGAAAAAAAGUCAUGGGGAACUCGUAUGCCGGCCAGCUGAGGACCACUCGUUUCGAGGAGGUUCUCCACAACUCCAUCGAGGCGUCUCUGCGCUCCAACACGCUGGUUCCACGACCCGUCUUCUCCCAGCUUUACCUGGAGGCAGAGCAGCCCCCUGCUCACACUGGGCGACCUGGCAAUGAGGAAGAGGAGGAGGAAGAUGGCUCAGAGUCUAACAGCCCCCCGGUCCCCUACCAGAUGAAGCCCCCUCCGGAGGGCUGCUGCACCACCGACGGGUUUUGCCAGGCAGGCAGGGACCUGCGCCUGGCGUCGCUGACCUCGGACCUCCUGGAGCCCCCUCCUGGGUUCCUGCUGGUGGGGACCAAGGCCCCCGGCCUCCCCGACACGCUGCUGGUGUGUGCCGUGGACCGGCGCUUCCUGCCCGACGAACGAGGACACAACGCACUGCUAGGGUUUGCGGGCGCCUGUAUGGGCUGUGGAGAAAAAGGCUUCCGCUACUUCACAGAGUUCUCCAACCACAUCAACCUGAAACUCAGCACCCAGCCCAAGAAACAGAAGCUCCUUAAGUACCUGCUCCACAGGACCCCCCAGGGCCAGCUGGUCAGGGGGGCGCCCAUCUACUGGAGGGGCCCAGACAGCAGAUCUCGACAGACACCCUCAAACACCUCAGAGGGUCAUGUGACCUCAGAGGAGCUGCUACACAACCCUGGACUCCCCGCUCACCCUGCGCACACACCAGGCAGCUACACAGCAGACGUCCCCCCUCUAACCAACGGCAGCCAUGCCCCCCUAUCCCAGCAGCCUUUGCACCCGUCAUGCACUCUCUCCAACGGGCCGUCAAGACCCACUGUUAUAGGUCCUGCCACCCACGCUGGCCCUCCUAAGAAGAGACACAGAGGCUGGUCUCCUGAGUCUUCCUCAGGGCCGGAGCCUGCUGCCGUCAACAUGCCCACCUCUUCAUCCUCCUCCUCCUCCUCUCACAUCACCCGAAACAAGACAGACAGUGCAGGUGCAGUCAGUACCCCCCAGGGGUCCUCGCUGACCCCGCCCUCCCCAGGGCUGUCCGUCUUAGUGCCUGAUCAGCUCCUCCACACCUGCAGACUCCAGCCUGUCAUCUUCAAAGGUCACGGCACGCUGCCCCCCCUGGUCGGUAACGUGGGGGAGGUGUGUGUGAGUCCCCUGCUGCAUGACUGCUACCAGAGCUCCCAGACCCUGCCCCAGGUCUACCAGCACUACGGGCCCUCCCCCAUCCAGCCCCUCUCCACCCAGAUGCAAGUCCUGCUGACCGUCUACUACCUGGUGCAGCUCGGGCCAGACCAAGUGCCUCUGAUCGAGGACCUGGAGCAAAUCUUCAUGCGCUCCUGGAGAGAGUCCCACCUGAGUGAGAUCCGCCAGUACCAGCAGCCCCAGCCCUCCCCUCUCCCCCAGCCCCAGGGCCCGUCCAGCGGGCUCACCCUGCCCCAGGCCCAGCCCCUCACCCCCAACCAGCUGCCCUGGCUGGCCCAGCUGGCUGCCUCGUCGUGCGGGGCGGGGGUGCUGGUCCUGGGGGAGGGCAGCAGCCUGGCCCAGGGCCUGGCCGAGGUGUUCUCCAGUCUGAUGGAGGGGAGACUCACACACACCAACUACGUGGUGAUCAUCUGCACCGCCGCCGCCGCGGGCCAGGAGACCCAGUCCUGUGUGGUGGUGACAGGGAAGCACCAGUGCCGUGCCUUGGCUGAGAGCAUGCUCUCUCCUGCUGAGGGCCUGAAGGAGAUCACCCAGCAGCUGUCCUCUGGUCUCACCCAGGAUCUCACAGCCUUCUGCGGCUCUCUGGGCCCAGACGGGGACAUGGACAGCCUCUUGAACAGUGUUACCAUGGAGACCAGCAGCCAGCCUUCUCCCUUAUCCAGCAGCCAGGAGUCAGCAGCUUCGACAGAGAGCCCCAAAACACACACACACAGAGACACACGCACUGACACACACACAGACACACGCACUGACACACACACAGACACACGCACUGACAGUCCCAAAGAGCGAGGCCAGAGCCCUAAGGACAGAUGCUCAGAGUACUGUGUGGAGUGGCGUCAGGUGCGUCCCAUCCAGCUGGCCGUGGCCAGGAAGCUGCUGUCCCACGUGUGUGCCAUCGCUGACUCCAGCACCCAGAACCUGGACCUGGGCUCCUUCGACAGGCUCCACUUCCUCAUCUGUGUGCCCCCCUCCCAGAUCACCUUCCAGCAGACCCUGCUGCACCUCUGGAACUCUGGGGUCCUCCAGGAGCUGGGUCUGGAGCAGGAGUGUUCCUCCCAACAGGAGGGUGAGCGCUACGUGGUGAAGAUGGACCAGGACGCCAGGGCGCGCAUCGAUGACCUCAUACAGGAAGCACACAGGAACACAUACACGCUCUACAUUCUGGUCCACGAUCACGCUCACUGGGAUAUCAGCAGUGGGCCGUACAGUGGCACAGGUGACGCCGGCCUGGGAUUGGUGGACCGCCUGCUGAACUCUCCUCAAAUCCGGGACGCCCCCAACAUCCUGACCCUCCACGUGACCUCGUUCCCCUUCGCCCUGCAGACGCAGCACACACGCAUCAGCCCCUACAACGAGAUCCACUGGCCCUCCGUUUCCAACAACGACGUGGACCUGUACCAUGAAAGGACGCGGUACUUUGGUGUGUCGGAGCUGCUGGACUCGGCCCACUCGGGCAGCGGUCUGCCUCUGCUGCGAUACGACAGCUCCUUCGAGACCAUGGCCUCAGCCCUGGAGGAGAGGUUCCCUAAGCUUCACAGUGCAGUGAUCCGGACCCAGGUUCUGGUCCAGCAGUACUCUGUCGCCCUCAUGGCCGUGUCAGGCCGCGUGGGGGACUCUGGCGAGCACAGCCUCCACAAGCACACCUCCGUAGAGACCCUGGAGAUCGUCCAGAGCCUGCUCAACUCGGCUCAGCGCUGCCCCGCCCACCACGGUCACAUGGUGCUGCUGCGCAUCCCCUCGUUGGCCCUGGCGGCGUGGGCCCACCAGAGACUGACCAAUGUGAGAAAGCGGCUGGGCCUGCAGGAGAAGUUUGAGAUCGUCCUGGGCAACCCCAGUCGGGAGCUCAGCAUCGGAGCGUGCUUCACUCAGCGAAUCAGGGCCUGGCUGAAGGUCCAGGAUGAGGACUGGGUUCCUCGUACCUACCUGGAGCUGGAGGCCCUGCCCUGCCUGCUCAUCCUGUCUGGAGCAGACCCCCUGGGGGAGUCCCUCCCCAGGUCGUUGAAGUACUGUGACCUGCGUGUCAUAAGCUCCUCCUACCUGCAGCGCACGGCUCUAGAGCAGGAGCUGGGAUUGGCUGCCUACCUGGUGAAGGCGGAGUCCCAAGAGUCGCGCCCCCCCCAUGCCUCCGGCCUUGACAGUGACCUCUUGGAGAGCGACCCCGAUAAACUCAGCUGCACUGACAACGAGGAGGACGAGGGGCAGGACAGUGGCCUCAAGUCUUCAGGGUUGCGCCACUCCCCUCCCUCCCCCACUAGACCCCCCCCAGACAGACCCCCCCCAGACAGUGCCCCCCCAGAACAGACCCACACCACUCCUCCAAACCCCCCCAACCCACCCAGGGCCCAGCGCAGAGCCUCCAAGUCCACCUCCUCAGACUCCUCCUCCCCCCGCACCCCCUCCCCCCUCCGGAGCUGCUCCUGGUCCCGGGGGGUGAACCGCCCCCCCUCCGUGCUCCUGCCCCGCGCCCUCUAUGACAUCAUGACGGCGAGCGACGGCAGCGGCCUCCCCCGCUGCACGUCCUUCCUGCCUCACCUGUCCGUGUCCUGGGCCAGCAGCUUCAGGCCCCUGCUCAGCAAGAUGAUGACCUGCACAGAGCAGUCCCUGUACUACCGCCAGUGGACCCUGCCCCGCCCUCACCACAUGGACAGCAGCAACCGGGCAGCCGAGGGGCGAGCUGACAACUUCCACCCUCGGAGACUGCUGCUCAGCGGGCCUCCACAGGUGGGUAAGACUGGGGCCUACCUGCAGUUCCUGGGCAUCCUGUCUCGCAUGCUCAUCAGGCUGAUGGAGGUUGACAUCUACGACGAGGAGGACAUCAACUACAGUGCUAAGGAGGAGUGUGUGCAGUACCACCCAGCCCACUCCCGCUGGCCCGACCCAGACUGCAUGAGGAGCAUGCCCUUCGACUACACCAUCCACGACCCGAAAUAUGAGGACAUCAGCUCUGUCUACUGCCCAGACUACACGCCCAGCACUGACGGAAACCCCAGACGGCAGGAGGAAGUGUACCUGCGGAGACGCACGGCCAGGAUCAAGCUGUCGAAAUACGCUGCCUACAACACCUACCAUCACUGUGAGCAGUGUCACCUGUACAUGGGCUUCAGUCCCAGAUACCAGAUGUACGAGUCGACGCUGCAUGCAUUCACCUUCUCCCACCUGCUCCUGGGGACAGAGAUCCAGCUCUACUUCAUCAUCCCCAAAUCCAAGGAGCACCACUUUAGCUUCAGCCAAUCAGGGGGCCAGCUGGAGAGCAUGAGGCUGCCUCUCGCCUCCGAUUGGAACCCAGACAGCAUCAAGAGUCCCAUCUUCACGCCCACCACGGGCCGCCAUGAGCACGGCCUGUUCAACCUGUACCACGCCAUGGACGGAGCCGCACACCUCCACAUCCUGGUCGUCAAGGAGUACGAGAUGGCCGUGUACAAGAAGUACUGGCCCAACCACAUCAUGCUGGUCCUGCCCACCGGCUUCAACGGAGCCGGGAUCGGUGCAGCCCACUUCCUGAUUAAGGAGCUGUCCUAUCACAACCUGGAGCUGGAGAGGAGUAGGCGGGUGGAAGGCGGGGCUACGGCAGGGGAGGUGUGGCCUUUCAUCAUCCUCUCUGACGACUCCUGUGUCAUGUGGAACACUGUGGAUCUCGACUCACUCGGCAGCUCAGGCCCGGUGGAGAGGAACGUGUCCCUGAAGCACGUGCUGCAGCACAUGGAGGCGUGCCCCCAGCUGCACCAGUACGCGCUCUGCGGCAUCAGGCAGUGGAGCAGCCGGGGGCCGGGGGGCGGCGGGGGCUCGGGGGGCCCUCAGCGGGAGCCCUUCUCCCGGGGUCACCUCCACGACUUCCUGCUCCUGAACGUGGAGCUGAGCCAGCACGUGCAGUAUGACCGGGAGCGCUUCACCUGCGAGGACGUGGACUUCUCCCUGCGGGCGCACAGCGCUGGCCUGCUGCACUGCCGCUUCAACAACUACAGCGUGAUGAAGAAGCAGAUCGCUAUCGGAGGAUACCUCACCUUCAUCAUCAAGACCAAGGUGUCGGACGUCCCCACCUCCGUGCAGCCCUCCCAGUACAUCUGUGCCCCCGACAGCAAGCACCUGUUCCUGGCCACGCCUGCACAGCUGCUCCUGGAGAAGUACCUGCAGUACACCAGCCAGCACCUGUUCCCCCUCAGCACAGACAACUACACACACCCCAUCCUGUCUGUGGACUGCUACCUCAACCUGGGGCCUGAGGUGACGGUGUGUUUCGUGAGCUCCAAGCCUCACUCCAUCAACAUCAGCACCUCAGGGCUGCUCUUCAGCGGCCUGCUGCUCUGCUUCUGCGACUCCUUCGUCACUCCGGGCUUCCUUAAGAAGUUCCACUUCCUCAAGGGAGCGACCCUGUGUGUGAUCUGUGCAGACCGCAGCUCGCUCCGUCAGACGGUGGUGCGUCUGGAGCUGGAGGACGAGUGGCUCUUCCGUCUGAGCCACGAGUUCCAGACGGCCAACGCCAAGGAGGACCGCCCCCUCUUCUUCCUCACCGGGAAACACAUCUGACCCCCCAUCCUGACCUUUGACCUUUCACCCCCCCUGGUCCCUGACCCUCGACCCGUGACCCCAACCCUCGCCUUGACCCUCUCCUUUGUCAGAGAUGAAUCAUCCACAAUGGAACCCAAAGACCUUUGGGUUGUCUUCACCUACAUCCAGGGCAAGGUGUUUACAAAACUCUGCUGAGAUGCUCUCCUCGUCAUGUUCCCCAGAACUCUCAUCUCCACACCUGGAGGGAGCAUCUCCAUAGCUACAAACCAAAUGCUGUCUGUCUCUCUCUGUACAACUGGGAUUGCUCAUAUGUAAACAGUGUCGUGUUCAAUCAAGUAUUAGUAUUUCUUCUACAAUCAUCUUUGAUUCUCUCUUUGUAAAAACAAUCAUUCCACUGGGUUUGUGUAUGUGUGUGUGCGUGUGUGUGUGUAUGUGUGUAUAUGUGUGCGUGUGUGGGUGUGUGUAUGUGUGUGCUUGGGUGAGUGUUAACAGCCAUU